GGUCCUGAUCUCAGGUUCGUGGAAUCCAGGCCCAAGUCGGCUCCGUGCUGAGCAUGGAGCCGACUUGAGAUUCAUUCUCUCUCUCUCUCUCUCUCUCUCUCCCCCUCCCCCGCCGACCCCGUUCGGGCUCCCCCUUUCUCUUUAAAAAAAAAAAGGGGGGGGUUGGGAUCAAAAUCAGAUACAUUUUGAGUUUUUGGUUUUUGCCUUGGCGCCAACCAGGCGUCUGUUAGGUGAGUGGGGUUUUCCCUGAAGCGAUUGGUCAGAUCCGCUGUCAAUCAGCCAUCCUUGACCUAUUAGAUACGCCGGAACUCCAGCUUCAGUGGGCAGGACCUAGCUUUAAGAACUCGCGUGUUGCUAGCGUGACUGACGGUCCUUCGUUGGCGGCCGUGGUUCGUGGUUCGUAUUUCGACUCGUUGGUUUGGAGAUCCGAAUCGAUAGCUAAAACGCUGCUCUUCAAAGACAGAAUAUGUCACUGUUACCUGGAUUAGUGAAAGGGAGGUAUGGUGCCCUCAAUUCAGAAGAUAAUGGUUUUUCUUCCCCCAAUCCCUCAGCUGCUGCUGCUGCUCAGGAGGUCAGAUCUGCCACUGAUGGUAAUACCAGCACCACUCCGCCCACCUCUGCCAAGAAGAGAAAGUUAAACAGCAGCAGCAGUAGCGGCAGUAAUAGUAGUAACGAGAGAGAAGACUUUGAUUCCACCUCUUCCUCUUCCACUCCUCCUUUACAACCCAGGGAUUCGGCAUCCCCUUCAACCUCGUCCUUCUGCCUGGGGGUUUCAGUGGCUACUUCCAGCCACGUACCGAUACAGAAGAAGCUGCGUUUUGAAGACACCCUGGAGUUUGUAGGGUUUGAUGCGAAGAUGGCUGAGGAAUCCUCCUCUUCUUCCUCCUCAUCUUCACCAACUGCUGCAACAUCUCAGCAGCAGCAGCUUAAAAAUAAGAGUAUAUUAAUCUCUUCUGUGGCUUCGGUGCAUCAUGCAAACGGCCUAGCCAAAUCUUCUACCACCACUUCUAGCUUUGCUAACAGCAAGCCUGGCUCUGCUAAGAAGUUAGUGAUCAAGAACUUUAAAGAUAAGCCUAAAUUACCGGAGAACUACACAGAUGAAACAUGGCAGAAACUGAAAGAAGCGGUGGAAGCUAUCCAGAAUAGUACUUCGAUUAAGUACAAUUUAGAAGAACUCUAUCAGGCUGUGGAAAAUCUCUGUUCCUACAAGAUUUCUGCAAACUUGUACAAACAGCUGAGACAGAUUUGUGAAGAUCACAUCAAAGCACAAAUUCAUCAGUUCAGAGAGGAUUCAUUGGAUAGUGUUCUUUUUCUAAAGAAGAUUGAUAGAUGCUGGCAAAACCACUGCAGACAAAUGAUCAUGAUUAGAAGCAUUUUUUUGUUUCUGGAUAGAACUUAUGUUCUUCAGAAUUCAAUGCUACCCUCGAUUUGGGACAUGGGACUAGAGUUAUUUAGGGCUCAUAUUAUAAGUGAUCAGAAAGUCCAGAAUAAGACAAUUGAUGGCAUUCUUCUCUUGAUUGAGAGGGAAAGGAAUGGUGAAGCAAUUGAUAGAAGUUUACUCCGAAGCCUUUUGAGCAUGCUGUCUGACUUGCAAAUUUAUCAGGAUUCUUUUGAACAACGGUUUUUGGAAGAAACUAACCGGCUCUAUGCAGCUGAAGGCCAAAAAUUAAUGCAGGAAAGAGAGGUUCCUGAAUAUCUUCAUCAUGUUAACAAACGUCUAGAAGAAGAAGCAGACAGACUUAUUACUUACUUAGAUCAGACCACCCAGAAGUCAUUAAUUGCUACUGUAGAAAAACAACUUCUAGGUGAACACUUAACAGCAAUUCUUCAGAAAGGUUUAAAUAACCUCCUUGAUGAAAACCGAAUUCAAGAUUUAUCUCUCCUGUAUCAGCUCUUUAGUAGAGUUCGAGGUGGAGUUCAGGUUCUCUUGCAACAGUGGAUUGAAUACAUUAAGGCAUUUGGCAGCACUAUUGUAAUUAAUCCUGAAAAAGAUAAAACCAUGGUUCAAGAAUUACUGGAUUUUAAAGAUAAGGUUGACCAUAUAAUUGAUAUUUGUUUUCUGAAAAAUGAAAAAUUCAUCAAUGCCAUGAAAGAAGCAUUUGAGACAUUCAUUAACAAAAGACCAAACAAACCUGCUGAACUUAUAGCUAAGUAUGUAGAUUCAAAGCUUCGCGCAGGCAACAAAGAAGCUACAGAUGAAGAGCUUGAAAAAAUGUUGGAUAAAAUUAUGAUCAUAUUUAGAUUUAUCUAUGGUAAGGAUGUUUUUGAGGCCUUCUAUAAGAAAGAUUUAGCCAAGCGCCUGUUAGUUGGGAAAAGUGCAUCUGUAGAUGCUGAAAAAUCAAUGUUGUCCAAACUUAAACAUGAAUGUGGAGCUGCUUUCACCAGCAAACUUGAAGGAAUGUUUAAAGACAUGGAACUUUCUAAAGACAUCAUGAUUCAGUUCAAACAGGUAAAAUAUAUGCAAAACCAGAAUGUACCUGGGAAUAUUGAAUUAACUGUGAAUAUCCUGACAAUGGGUUAUUGGCCAACAUAUGUGCCUAUGGAAGUCCACUUACCACCAGAGAUGGUAAAACUUCAGGAGAUUUUCAAGACAUUUUACCUAGGCAAACAUAGCGGCAGGAAACUUCAGUGGCAGUCAACCCUAGGACACUGUGUGCUAAAGGCAGAAUUUAAAGAGGGUAAAAAAGAACUCCAGGUCUCUCUCUUUCAAACCCUGGUGCUGCUAAUGUUUAAUGAGGGAGAGGAGUUCAGUUUAGAAGAGAUCAAGCAGGCUACUGGAAUAGAGGAUGGAGAAUUAAGGAGAACACUGCAGUCAUUGGCCUGUGGCAAAGCUAGAGUUCUGGCAAAAAAUCCAAAGGGCAAAGAUAUUGAAGAUGGUGACAAGUUCAUUUGUAAUGAUGAUUUCAAACACAAACUUUUCAGGAUAAAGAUCAAUCAAAUCCAGAUGAAAGAAACGGUUGAAGAACAAGCAAGCACUACAGAAAGAGUAUUUCAGGACAGACAGUACCAAAUUGAUGCUGCAAUUGUUCGAAUCAUGAAGAUGAGAAAGACGCUUAGCCACAAUCUUCUUGUUUCAGAAGUGUACAACCAGUUGAAAUUUCCAGUAAAGCCUGCUGAUCUUAAGAAGAGAAUAGAAUCCUUAAUUGAUCGGGAUUACAUGGAAAGAGAUAAAGAAAAUCCAAACCAAUACAAUUAUAUUGCAUAAACAUUGGCCUCUGAGUAUUUGGUAUCAUCUACAGUAGCAGUGGAUAAACUAACCUGUUGAUCCUAUAUUAUUUGACUUCUUUUAUACUACCAAUGACCAAAUGAAGCAGUGUAAUGGAAAUAGUUGAGUCGACUUUUUCAGUGGUUAACAUGCCCAUUUAAAGAGUUAAUACUUAACCUUUAAGAAGAAUGUUGUUGAACUCUUUGCAUGUUAUUUAGUAUGAUGUGCAGAAAAUUCUUAAGAAAGUACCUGGUCUUCAUGAUUCCUCUUUGGAACUGGGGAAGAGGUCCCUAAGGCUAUUAAAAAAAAAAAGAGGGGGGGG